UUUAAAUCACCGUACAUGCUGAUGAUUGAUUGCAAGUUACCUAGAGAAAAAAAGAAAGAAAACAAAAUAAAACGAACAAACUACAGGCAUUCAAAUUUGUAAAUAAAUAGAGGAAAUAUGUUGGUCCACGGCACCAGCACCGAACCUUGGAAAUUCUCACGGUUUGAAGACACUUAUCUCGGCGAAGAGGCGAUGAAAGCAGUCAGGCAGGACGUUAACGAAACUCCAGAGACCCGAAGCAAAGGCCUCACCAUACUCAGGAACAUGUUAACAGAAAAUAAAGAUUUGCGUCCGUGCACAGAUGACGAUUUUCUGUUGCGAUUCUUAAGAGUAGCCAAGUUUGACUGUUCCAAAGCAUACGAUCGCAUACUGAGAUACUAUGGAUUGCGAAAGAAGUUUCCACACCUUUUUCGAAAAUACCUACCCAGCAAGACCCGCAUGGCGAAGCAGCUCAAACUUUUCCACGUCUCGCCUUACAGAGCAAAGAACCACAGCGCGGUUGUCAUCAACUACCAUGGCAUGUUUGAUCCAUCCAUCUUGCCAAUGGAAGAGAAGUUUGCGUUGGACAUGAUGGCAGCCGAAAGGGGGUUGGACAAUCCUUUGACUCAAAUGUGUGGUGCCAACGUCAUCCUCGACUUCAAAGGAUUCACUUUCUUCAAGAUGCUGGCCCUCACUCCUCAAGUCGUUCGCAUGUACGUAGAAUUCCUGCAGAAUUCUUUUCCUGUGCGUCUCAAGUCAAUAAUUUUCUUGAAUGCACCAACUAUUUUUACCCUGAUCUUCAAUCUGUUCUAUCCUGUACUUUCAAAGAAGCUCAAAAGUAGACUAUUGGUCCAUUCUACAAAUGAAUCAUGGGACAAACUGCACGCUGUCAUACCUCCUGAAAUCCUGCCAGAGGAAUAUGGCGGCUUGUUGAAGAACUCCCAACUUAAAGACUUAUGUGAGGGAAUCGAAGAUCAAGAAGAACGGUUCGCUCAACAAGCAAAAUAUGGAUUUCUCAAAGUACUACAAAGAGAGGAAAAGAACCUCGAAUGCUGAUCUUCCGACAGACUGAAUGGUGACGAGUCGAACUUGGAGAGCUACAGGGAGAAAAGUUGAGAGCACAAAUAUGUCACUGUACCCAAACAUGAAGUAUUUAUGGAGUGCAAUGUCUUCUUUUCUCCUAAUGUAUCUUCAAAACAUCUUUAAACGCAUUUAAGAAUUUAGUUGAUGCAAGUAAAUACCGAACAGCUCGUUACAGCAUCCAGAGAUUGCGUUUGAAAAUAGUAAUCGAUGGCGUUUCCUGAAUGAGUUAGCUCUUCAUUAACGUGUUUCCUUCUUAGCGAGAAAUCACAACAGGGUUAGAAUGUACUAAAAAGCUCGUUCCGACAUCCAUAGACUGCAGUUCAGCCCUCAUUUGGGCUCAUCAAUCUGUAAUAGCCACAGUAGGGUAGUUAUAGCUAAUCCAGACUGAUGUUGGUUGACCCAUAGAUGUAGUAUAUGAAAUACACCGCCAGCUCAGUCAUUUCCAGCCGAGAAGUGCAGUUUCGUGCUUAUUAGCACUCAUCAGCCUGGAAUAGGAAAGUGGCUGAGCUGGAGUUGGAAAACCUCUUAAGGAAGCCAAGAGUGCCAAACAAACUGGUAGCUAAUAUAAAAUUAGCACAGACUAGAUUUCUGCUUUUGCUCUGGCUAAUAUGGGCGGUAAUUUACUGAAUAUAACAUAGAUGUAGUAUUAACUAGAUAAACAACAAGAAACCAGUUUUAAAGGCAAUUGAAUAGACGGUCAAUCGUGCAAAAAGCACAUGCGCACAAACAACAUUGCGCAAUAGCGUUGCAUCCACUGGAGAUCAGUGGUUGCAGUUGCAUCCUGGGUAGGAAACACUUUUACCGUUUAGUUCAAGAUUUGCGCGUCCAACGGCGGCCAGUGGCUGUGGGUCUUGUUGAUAAGUUAAAUUUAAAUUUAACUACCAGCGUUAAGUUUAGCGCAUGUGAGACGUUUUAGUACAGUAGCUAUUCCAGAUUGAUGAUCCUGAAUAAGCGUGAAAUUGCUAUCACUGGAUGUCGUAUCGAGCUGUCUUUCUUUGCUCGAAGUCAUGGAUUAGUAAGUUAUGGGACGCUAACUUGUAGCUUAAUGAUUAAAAUGUAUCAUCAUUUCUGGCACUUAUGAACUUGACGAACAUCUGGUGGCACAUAAAAUAUGCUUUAAUGUUAAGUGCACCGAGAUCAGUGUUUCUCUGUGUGGCGUAAGUGAAGAAAAAAGUCAUCCUUCACAACUUUUCUUUUGGGAAAUAUGGUUUUCCCUCUCCUUCUAUUUUUGUUUCAUCAACAAACCAGGGAUUACGUUCCCUACAUCGUUAAGUUAUUUAUGGUUAAUUAAAACCUUCUUUUUGUUCCAGAUUUUUUUUUUUUUUUUUGGUAGAUUUUGUGAUUAUUUGUUCUUUAUGUUAGAUGCAAAAAUUAAAAAUUCUAUCAAAUAAAUAUGUAUGUGUCAAAACUUUUGUAAGACUAAUCCAAUCAACUCAAUAAAUUGUAUUUUUAUAUAAACUUUUUUAUAGUUUUUUUCAUGACAGAAUGCAAGUUUUUUUUAGUGCUCAUGCACUGGAAAGCUUGUAUACUCCCUAACACAGAAUAAUAUGCAAAAUUUUGUGAAUCUGAGUUUAAUUUCUUCUGCCGGGGCAAAAGUCAUGAAUUUUUGAAAUUUUUAGAAAAAGAUCAAAUAAAAUGAAAACUUACAAAAUAUUUUAUAUUCCACAGAACUUUAAGCUUUAGUGCGGGAAUUCUGUAACUUUCAAGCACAAACUACUGCGUAAAUAUUUCAAGCCUGUGAGUUAAUUAUUUUUUCUCUGGUAAAAGGCCUGAACUUUGAGAUUGUUUUAAAUAAUUCCUAAAAUACGAGUGACACAUUACAAAGUAUUACAUACCUAAUACGCUGUAAUACUUCCAAUUUUAAAUCACAUCAAUGGCAUCAGACCACCACUUGAACCAGGCUGGUCAUUUAGAAGGUUCUGGGUAUUUAUGCAAAUUAGCAUAGAAUGCUGUAACCGACGCUACGCGGCCCAAGUUUAUAACUGAAAGCCAAUUCAAUCGGUGUAUGUUCUGUUUUUUGAGAAUGUAAUGUGUUUUACAGCGCCAGAGUGUCGCUAAUAAAGGUGU